AACAAAAAAAAACGGAAGUAGUACAUCGAAAACGCUAAUUGAAGGAGUGAAGUCUAUGCCAUCUGAAGUGAAUGCGUCCUAGGAGGUUUUUUUUUGGCAAGUGUCAGGAACAUGGUCAAUCUUGCGGGCCGCCCCAGACCAUGGGACUGAUCGGCUCGCUCCGGCCACCAUUCAUCAAGUGGUGGUUCAAGCAUUAGGGGUUACUUACCUCAAGAGUCUGAUCGCUCCCGCAAUAGUGGUAGACGAUUCUCAUGCAAGAAGAGAAAGACUGUUGGAACGACGUCUGGUCAGCUGGUGGACGGACAGGUAUACUGUAUGGAAGUGACUGUUUCCGGAGAGUGACCCCACCACCGCCGUGCCUUUUCCGGUUCUGGUAUGGAGAGCUAUUAUUAUUAUUUUCACCGGGAAACUCGUCCUGCGUUCCCGCUCCUAAGUACUUGUCGUGGUUGGUAAACUACAGUGUCCUUUUUGUUCAAUACAAAUGCAAACAGAAAUACAAUAACAAUAAUAAAAUAAAAAUAAAAAAGUAGAGUGAGGGCAUUGUAUAAAUUUAUAUGCAGAAAUUGAAUAUAUACAGAUAUUACAGUGUCAUUCUAAUGUGGCGAAUGCAAAUGUAAGCGAAUAAUUCAGCCUGGUUUCCGUAAACUUUAGUUUUGGUACUGCCUGGCUUUCACCCAGGGGUCGCGACGCCGUUCCUACAUCAAGCUAUGGAAAUAAAGGAUGUUUUCACAUAUAGGUAUGGGAUCGACUCUCCACACCUUAUUA